AUGACCCAACAAGAAGCUUACUCUGAUCUGGUCCAAAGCCUUAAGCCUGAAGAUAUCCUCAAGACCUUCCCUGAUGUUGCUCCCAUCACUACCACUAACUUAGAUCCACGCCCUACAUCAAAGGAGUCUGCAGAUGAUAAGCAACUUUUUGACGGUCAAGAUGCCGAACAGAUCCGUCUCAUGGAGGAGGUCUGCAUUGUUGUAGACUGGAAUGAUACCCCUGUGGGUGCCGGCAGCAAAAAGACCUGCCAUCUCAUGACCAACAUUAACAGGGGCCUACUCCACAGAGCCUUUUCAGUCUUUCUUUUCGAUGAGAACAACCGACUGCUGCUCCAGAAGCGUGCCGACGAGAAAAUCACUUUUGCAAACAUGUGGACCAAUACCUGCUGCUCCCACCCUCUUGCUAUCCCUAGCGAACUCGGAUCUUCUUCUCUCGAUGAAAUUUCUGAUCUGACCUUUUCAAUGCCUGGAGCUAAGAAUGCCGCUCGACGCAAGCUCGAGCACGAACUAGGUAUUCCUGUCGAUGCUAUUCCUCUCGAAAAGUACAAGUUUUUGACCAGAAUACACUAUGCUUCUCCCAGCACAGGACCUUGGGGCGAACACGAAGUUGAUUAUAUUUUCAUUGUUAAGGCUAACGUUCCACUCGACAUCAAUAUCAAUGAAAUCGGCGAUUCAAGAUAUGUUUCUGUUACCGAGCUUAAAGAAAUGUUCAAGGACGAAUCUUUGGUUUUCACACCUUGGUUCAAGCUUAUUUGCGAAAACUACCUUUUCAAAUGGUGGGACGAUCUUGACAAUGUCGAGCAAUAUCAAGAUGACAAGAUUACACACUUAUUAUGA